AUGGCGAACAGAAAUCAUGAAGCGAAAGUUAAAAUGGCUUUUGCUUGGUGUAUGUACCUAAAGAAACAAAGACAUGCGGUUCGAAUGAUGUACAAAGACAACGUUUUACCACGAAUACCGUUUCAUAAAAUUAACAAACGCCUAUCAGUUGCAUUCUUUGAAACUGUACUAGCGUAUUUGCAUCGGCCACAAGAAAGAAUUUUGUGGAUGCACCCACGUUCGCUUAUUUGGUUUGACAUGGUCGAUCAGACAUACGACGAGUUGUGGUAUGCAAAUUUCCGAGUGACAAGGGAAACGUUUGUGUUUAUUCUACACGAAGUUGAGGAAGAUAUAUGUCGUAAACAUACUUACAUGCAUGACCCUAUUUCUGCAAAACGACGGCUGGCGCUAAUAUUAUAUUAUUUAGCCUCCACGGCUGAGUAUAGGACUGUUGCAAAUCUGUUGGGUGUAUCGAGAUCUCUGACAUGCCAGUGGGUCAAAGAAGUGUGCUGCACAAUCAUAAAGUGCUUUCCAAGGAUGAUCUCCUUCCCUAAGGGAGACGACCUCGUUGAAGUUCUUGAAAGCUACGAACAAAAAUGGGGGUUCCCGAUGUGUGCUGGCGCAAUAGAUGGCACGCACAUACCAAUACUUGCACCAGUUGAAAGCCAGGUAGAAUAUGUGAACCGUAAAGGUUUUCAUAGUAUUAUCAUGCAAGCAGUCACCGAUUGCAAUUAUCUUUUUCGAGAUGUGGUCAUUGGAUGGCCUGGAAGCGUCCAUAAAGCGCGAGUUCUCUCCAACUCUGCAAUUUCAAAAGUGGAAAUGAAAAACACCUUUUUCCUGCUCGUCUCGUAA